UGGAGCUGUUCUUCUGGCGGGGCCACAUUCUGCAACACCUCUGUGGGGCACCUCCACUACUUUCCAAAGGCUCCAGUGUUGCUGUUGUUUGACAGCCUGUGGCGCAGGGACUGCACCGCCGCCAGCCCACGCCAGCAGUGAUGUGGGCAGGAAGUGUGGUGGUGCUGGUGCUGGCAGUGCUGGCUCUCGGGGCAAACUUCCCUCCCCCUCGUCCCCCCUUCCUGUGCCCCUCGCAUCAUGACAACACCGGAUAUGACGGCGCCAGGCACAGCAGCACCAGCACGCCCCUUGAAGAACGCGUGUGUGUGCAGUGUACAUCACGGCAAGGCACGCAUGAAUCACUGGCGCUCAUGAUUGCCUCGUGUGGGGCGGCCUGGCAGGAUUACAAGGUGCAGGCGCAGUGUUUCAGAGGCACGACCAUUCCUGACGCCUUUAUGGGAGUCCCUUACACCAACCCCUUUACUAACCGCACCUAUGUCAACGCUUACUGCGCCAUCUGUAACGGUGAAGACCCCACCCGGCUAGAUCCCUGGCUGUUCUCCUUGGUCUGUGAGGACGCAAGGCGCCCGCUGUACAGACCAGACCACUACGACGGCGUCUACUUCGACAGUGUGGACCACCACAUCGUGUACUUCAGUGACGGAACGUGGAACGCCAUCUCGCCUGAUGUGGCUGUCUCAGCAUCCCUUCCCUGCCACACUGCCAUUGCAGAACCCAUUCGUGUUGUGCACGCAGGUCAUGGGACUCCACGUCCUCCACACCAUUCAACACCGCCACUUUGCUUUUCUCGGUCAGCCUCCAGCGGUGUGGCCCCGAGGAAGUGCUGGAGCUGGAGUCUGAUCUCUGCAGAAAGGUCAUUUGUCCACGCCCGGAUGAUAAGUUUCGUAAAGGAAGAUGUGUCACUGUGCCACAGGGUGCCACUGUCAGCACGCAGGGCGCUGCCAUCAACACGCAGGGCCCCGCGGCACCGUACUGUGCCGUCCGCCACUCCUGCGCCGUGCCUUGGCUCUCAGACAGAGGGUGCCGCUGCGACGCCUCCUGCAGGGAGUACGGGGACUGCUGCCGUGACUCACACCACUACGACGAGGCGCAGCAAAUGAAGAACUUUGCCUCGCAUACUUGUGUUGCUGGACCCACGCCCGCGUACGCGAAGACCAAGUGUUCGGAGGACUGGGGCGAUGAGGAGGUGCUGGCGCUGUGCCUGAAGGGAAACAAGACCCCUGGCGGUAGUGGCAGCCUGUUCCCCGUCACCAGCACCACCACGGCUCACACCUACAUCGACCACCACUGUGCCAUCUGUAGCGGCGAGGACCUGGCCCACCUACGCGUGUGGCUCGCUCGUCUUGAGUGUGCAGAUUGGCCCCUCAAGUAUCAGCGCCCCAGAUGACGAAGACUACAGUAUUGUGUUCGGGGAUUCUGACUCUGGUGAGGGAAGAUGAGGCAUUUUGAAGCCUAGCCAUGGUCCCUCGUCCUUCAGGCCUUGUUCCCUGACCUCUGUAGCUCCCGGAGAUGUGAAGAACUACACAAGAGAGUGUGAUCCUGAGUUAGUGGCGACUUGUGGCCCUGAGGCGCAGGAACACCAGCGUGUCUUUUGUCAGCCUUACGUAGCCACGGUGUACCAGGGUAGCCACGCAUUCAGGAACCAACAUUGUGUGUGCCUCCUGCAAUGGCUAUGAGCAGUACGAGUGUGUGUGGAUUGUCCCGACGAUUCCAGGACUCGGUGUGAGUGUUCAUGAUGCUGCUAGACUCCUCAGACCACAGCGGCAGUAACUUUGUCGGAUUCACUGGCCAGUGUGGAGGGAAAUGUGCGGGACAGAGUCUGGCAAGCACAGGAAAAUCUUUUGUUCUGCAGCGUCUCUGCCCAUCUCUGCACCCUCUGCUGUGCACCAUGCGAGGAGCCCGCCAAGGACAGGAAAGUUGGGAUCUUUCUUCACAGCAGCCGGGACAAGCACCACCACGGGGCCAGGCACAGCUGCCGGGACAGGCACCACCACGUGGCCAGGCACAGCUGCCAGGACAGGCACCACCACGGGGCCAGGCACAGCUGCCGGGACAGGCACCACCACGUGGCCAGGCACAGCUGCCAGGACAGGCACCACCACGGGGCUAGGCACAGCUGCCGGGACAGGCACCACCACGGGGCCAGGCACAGCUGCCAGGACAGGCACCACCACGGGGCCAGGCACAGCUGCCAGGACAAAGACUCUGCAGGCGGCGCCGACACGCGGUGAUGCCGCCGGCGAGGGGCUCGGUGACUGCCCCGGGGUGCUGCCGCCUGAGGCAGAGUUCAUCAGGCAGACGGACGGGUCCCUGCAAGUGCCGGCACAGGGACGCACGUACCACGCUGGGGAGUACGAGGGCGCAGAGGGGGGCGUGCUGGUGUACGGGUCUGUACGCAAGUUCUCGGCAGCACUGGGGUGGGUGAGCACCGUGGGGCUGAGUCUGUCCUGCCUGGCCCUGGCGCUGCACCUCGCCGCCUUCUGCGUGGCGCCCAGCCUCAGGAACCGUGCUUCGGCAAGCACGGGCGUCUGGCGUGGUGGUGUAAUGCGCGUCGUGUCUUUUGUAUCAGUUAGGAAGAGCAGGGGACCCAGCACAGAGCCCUGGGGCCCCCUGCCGUGCACCUUCACUCUGCUGGACGCUGCUGCAUGUACUAUUGUGCCUCUACAUGCUGCACCUGCUGGAGGU